AUGAAGCAGGGUGUGUCUGACGUUCAACUGCGCUGGAGGACUCAACCAGAUGGACAGAUUUUCCACCGUGAGGAAGAAGAGGAGGGUGGAACCACUCAGACAGGUAACAACAAGCAUAUUACAGACCGUUUUCCUUAUUGCAACAGACAGGCAUUGAAAACAUUGUACUUUUAUCAGAGUUGGGGUCAAUUCCAUUUCAGGAAAUAAACACAUUUUUAUUACAAUUUUCCUCAAUGUAUUUCAAUGAUGAAAAUGUGGAAGUGGAAUAUCAGUUUACAUCCUGAAUUGACUCAAUUGAAAUGGAAUUAUCCCUAACUCUGGGUCUUAUUACCGUGUUUCCAAGUUGUUAUUGUAGUGUGUGUUAGCGAGUGAUAUCUCAAUUAGUACCUGAAAGAGUUUCUGUCAUUUAUUUUCCAGGUGUCUGUGGAACUGAAGGGGGCUAGCCUGGUGAGAGAAUCCAAGGAGACAAAAUAGUUUUAACAUUGGACUGUUUUGAUGACAUAAUCUAUCUACCGUAAAACUUCAAUUAAACACAAAUUCUCAAAUACACACCUGUUUCAAAUAAACUCAAGGUCUAAAUGAAUUGUUUACGAGGUUACCAUGAAUUGUUUUGGAGGUUUAAUGUUUGAUUUGUUACAUUAAAUAAUUCAGUAAUGACUCGAAGAAAUUAUGGCAAUCUUCCAUUUUUAUUGCCAGUAAAAAAAAACUGCUAACCAUUGGCUGCUAACAGCUGAGAACUGUUAGCUAUAAACUGGCAAGCAUAAAAACAGUCAACAACUUUGGGAAUACAGACCCCCAGAAAUUGGCAUAUUUUAUUCAUUUAUUUAGGCCAACUAAGACAAAAGAAACGUGACACAAUGUGUAAAUCUUAACACAUUAGUGCAGGAAAUUGAUUAAAAUGCUGGAAGUGAAUGCUGGAAUUAAACAACUAACUAUGCAAAUUAGUAAAAGGUGUGUGCAUUAAGUAAAUUGAUGCCUGGCUCAAAUAGAAGCCUGCAUCUAACAAAACACCAAAACACUACAUAAAGAGAGACCUAUACUGCCUUGCAAAAGUAUUCAUCCCCCUUGGCAUUUUUCCUAUUUUGUUGCAUUACAACAUGUAAUUUAAAUGGAUUUUUAUUUGGAUUUCAUGUAAUGGACAUACAAAAAUAGUCAAAAUUGGUGAAGUGACAUGAAAACCAUAACUUGCUUCAAAGAAUUCAAAAAAAUUAAUAACGCAAAAGUGGUGCGUGCAAAUGUAUUCACCCCCUUUGCUAUGAAUCACCUAAAUAAGAUCUGGUGCAACCAAUUACCUUCGGAAGUCACAUAAUUAGAUAAAUAAAGUCCACCUGUGUGCAAUCUAAGUGUCACAUGAUCUCAGUAUAUAUACACACCUGUUCUGAAAGGCCCCAGAGUCUGCAACACCACUAACCAAGGGGCACCACCAAGCAAGCGGCACCAUGAAGACCAACGAGCUCUCCAAACAGGUCAGGGUCAAAGUUGUGGAGAAGUACAGAUCAGGGUUGGGUUAUACAAAAAUAUCAGGAACUUUGAACAUCCCACGGAGCACCAUUAAAUCCAUUAUUUAAAAAUGGAAAGAAUAUGGCACCACAACAAACCUGCCAAGAGAGGGCCGCCCACCAAAACUCACGGACCAGGCAAGGAGGGCAUUAAUCAGAGAGGCAACAAAGAGACCAAAGAUAACCCUGAAGGAGCUGUAAAGCUCCACAGCGGAGAUUGCAGUAUCUGUCCAUAGGACCAUUUUAAGCCGUACACACCACAGAGCUGGAGAGUGGAGAGUGGCCAGAAAAAAGCCAUUGCUUAAAGAAAAAAAUAAGCAAACACAUUUGGUGUUCGCCAAAAGGCAGGUGGGAGACUCCCCAAACAUAUGGAAGAAGCUACUCUGGUCUGAUGAGACUAAAAUUGAGCUUUUUGGCCAUCAAGGAAAACGCUAUGUCUGGCGCAAACCCAACACCUGUCAUCACGCCGAGAACAAAAUCCCCACAGUGAAGCAUGGUGGUGGCAGCAUCAUGCUGUGGGGAUGUUUUUCAUCGGCAGGUACUGGGAAACUGGUCAGAAUUGAAGGAAGGAUGGCGCUAAAUACAGGGAAAUUCUUGAGGGAAACCUGUUUCAGUCUUCCAGAGAUUUGAGACUGGGACGGAGGUUCACCUUCCAGCAGGACAAUGACCCUAAGCAUACUGCUAAAGCAACACUCGAGUGGUUUUAAGGAGAAACAUUUAAAUGUCUUGGAAGGCCUAUCCAAGCCCAGACCUCAAUCCAAUGAGACCAUAUGGUAUGACUUAAAGAUUGCUGUACACCAGCGGAACCCAUCCAACUUUAAGGAGCUAGUAGCAUGUUUUGCCUUGAAGAAUGGGCAAAAAUCCCAGCACUAGAUGUGCCAAGCUUAAGAGAAAUACCCAGAGUACCUUGCAGCUGUAAUUGCUGAAAAGGUGGCAAUAGUUAUGUACGCUCAAGUUCUGUUUUUUGUCUUAUUUCUUGUUUGUUUCACAUUUAAAAAUAUUUUGCCUUCAAAGUGGUAGGCAUUGUGUGUUGUAAGGCAACAAAAUAGAAAAAAUGCCAAGCCACUGGAUGUGGUGCAAACAGAAUAAUACCAAAUGAUAAUGGAAUAAUUAUUAUUUCUGAUCAAAUAAAAGUAAAGACACAGGAGGAUGUUUGGACACUGACUGACUGAACAUUUAAAUAUUAUUCCUGGAAUUUCCUUCCACCAAAAAGGACACAAACACAUGCAUUUGCCUUCAAUCAUUUCAAUAGAAAACAUCGGCAUCGACAGAUUGUUGUUAUAGUGUAUUUACCCUUACAGAAAACCAUCUCAAAAGGAGACAUUUAGUAUGCUAUCUUUUAACUACAGUACAGUACCUUCAUAUGAUAUGCUUAGGGCCAGGAGUGCUUCCUGACCAAUUGGUUUGACCAGAGGGGUAUACUACAAAGUUGGAUCAAAGCCAGCUAACUUUGAUAAACAUCCAGAAAUAACUAUUUUAUCAUUCAUAAAGAAAGCUUAACUUAGAUAUGUGUUUUUGGUUGUUGAGUAAAGUAGACCAUGCCCAUUUAAAACUGAUCUUUCUAAAAAAAAAAAAAAAAAUCUGAAUAUUUAGGCAAGUUAUCAGGCUAACUCCUUGAAAAAAAAAACUUUUAUCUGAAUAUUUAGGCAAGUUAUCAGGCUAACUCCUUGAGCCUUCAUCUUCAUAUAACCCUCUGGACAACUAGGGCCCUGAAUCUUUUCCUGGUCAGGAGAAACUGCUUAGAGGGAAUGUAAAUGUUAUACGCCUCGAGUCCUCUAUCCUCCUUCUCAAAACCUAUUGGAGGAGAAAGUAAGAGGAGAAGGAACUCUGGCUUUCUCAUCCAAUGGAUUUUUAGGAGGCACAGAGAGAGGAUGCGAGGAGUAUCCAAUUGAGAUUCUCCCAUAGUGUUCUAUAACAUUAUCAGUGUAUGAGUACACCGAGGUUUGUUAUCCAUCUUAGUAAGGGCCACAGUGUUCACAGUUAUACAUCAGCCAUCUUAGGAAGAGGCAUGCAAAACACUCAUUUCUAAUGGUGCGUUUAAGACAACUGGGAAAUCUGAAAAAAAACAAGGUCAAAUCAUGACGUCAGUGAUCUUAAGGUCGAAGCUAGAAAGAGGCCCAGGUCUAGAAAGAGGCCCAGGUUCCUGGAAUUCCGAGUUGGAAGACCGUUCAAAACUAAUUUUCCCUGUCGGAGCUCGUUUUUUUCCAAGUUCCCAUUUGUCUUGAACACACUGAAGUCGAAGAGUUCGGAUCUCCCAAAAGUUUUGAACGCGGCAUAAGGCUCAGAAUAGGCGACAGCCAGGCAGGAAAGGCCUUUUCUAAACAUGCUGGCUCAUCAUUCACUGUGUCAACAGCAUCCAUCUCUCACCUCUCGCACAUACACUUCAUUUUCAAAGUCUGUCGGCAAGUGGUUAUACUGAGAACAAUACCAAACAUCUAUAUGGAUCUAAUAUGCAUUGAAGGAUGGAUCUACAACGUAUUGAAGGAUUUUAGACAUAGUUAAUAGAUUUCUAGAUUACAGGCGGCCUACGUGUUCUGUAUCCCAUUCAAAUAUUCUAUCUUCUACUAUUCAGUCUUUCACUGUCUGGGUGUGGUCUUUCACCUCCUCAAUGUCUUUAUGUCUGGGUGUGGUCUUUCACCUCCUCAAUGUCUUUAUGUCUGGGUGUGGUCUUUCACCUCCUCAAUGUCUUUAUGUCUGGGUGUGGUCUUUCACCUCCUCAAUGUCUUUAUGUCUGGGUGUGGUCUUUUACCUCCUCAAUGUCUUUAUGUCUGGGUGUGGUUUUUCACCUCCUCAAUGUCUUUAUGUCUGGGUGUGGUCUUUCACCUCCUCAAUGUCUUUAUGUAUGGGUGUGGUCUUUCACCUCCUCAAUGUCUUUAUGUCUGGGUGUGGUCUUUCACCUCCUCAAUGUCUUUAUGUCUGGGUGUGGUCUUUCACCUCCUCAAUGUCUUUAUGUCUGGGUGUGGUCUUUCACCUCCUCAAUGUCUUUAUGUCUGGGUGUGGUCUUUCACCUCCUCAAUGUCUUUAUGUCUGGGUGUGUGGUUGUCAUGUGUCAAGUUCUUCAGCACCCUGUUCCCACAGACGGAGCAACAUACAGUGCAUUCGGAAAGUAUUCAUACCCCUUGACUUUUUCCACAUUUUGUUACGUUACAGCCUUUUUCUAAAAUUGAUUAAUUUCAUUUUUUCCCUCAUCAAUCUACACACAAUACCUCAUGAUGACAAAGAGAAAACACGUUUUUAGAAAUGUUUGCAAAUGUAUAAAAUAUAACACACAGAAAUACCUUAUUUACAUAAGUAUUCAGACCCAUUGCUGUGAGACUUGAAAUUGAGCUCAGGUGCAUCCUGUUUCCAUUGAUCAUCCUUGAUUGGCUAUGUGUCUCUCUAAGUUCUUCAGUACCCUGUAUUUUUCCCACAUAGGGUGCAACCAAAGGGUUUCUUCCCUGUGUGGGCCAUCUUGUGCUUCUUUAGGUUCUUCCUGAGCAAGACAUUUGGGAAAGUUACCAGAAUUUUGCAACCCUUGAUAGGAUAAGACAAGACAAAACUAAUUAUCCAAUGGGGUAAAACAGUCUUAGACACAGUACUACUGUAUUCCAAAUAAAAACUAUACAUUGAACACUCGACACAUACACCAUGCAUACAGUGCCUUCAGAAAGUAUUCAUACCCCUUGACUUAUUCCACAUUUUGUUGUGUUACAGCCUGAAUUCAAAAUGUAUAAAAUUGAUGCCCCAUAAUGACAAAGUCAAAAACUGUUUUCAUAAAUUUUUGAAAUAUAUAAUUUACAUAAGUAUUCACAACCCUGAGUCAAUACUUUGUAGAAGCACAUUUGGCAGCAAUUACAGCUGUGAUUCUUUCUGGGUAUGUCUCGAAGCGAUUUUUACACACCUGGAUUGCGCAACAUUUGCCAAUAAUUAUUUUCCAAGUUCGGCAAGUUCUGUCAAAUUAGUUGUUGAUCAUUGCUAAACAACCAUUUUCAGGUCUUGCCAUAUAUUUUCAAGUAGAUUUAAGUCAUAACUGUAACUCAGUCACUCAGGAACAUUCACUGUCUUCUUGGUAAGCAACUCCAAUGUAGAUUUGGCCUUGUGUUUUAGGUUAUUGUCGUGCUGAAAGAUUAAUACAUCUCCCAGUGUCUGGUGGAAAUCUAACUGAACCAGGUUUUUCUCUAGUAGUUUACCUGUGCUUAGCUCCAUUCCGUUUCAUUUUUAACCUGAAACACGCCUGAGUCCUUAACGAUCACAAGCAUACCCAUAUCAUGAUGCAGCCACCACUAUGCUUGAAGAGAUGCAGAGUGGUACUCAGUAAUGUGUUAUAUUGGAUAUGCCCCAAACAUUACAAUUUGUAUUCAGUGCAAUAAGUGAAUUCCUUUGCCACAUAAAAAAAAAAGUAUUACUUUAGUGCCUUGUUGUAAACAGGAUGCAUAUUUUGGAAUAUUUUUAUUCUGUACAGGCUUCCUUCUUUUCACUCUGUCAAUUAGGUUAGUAUUGUGGAGUAACUACAAUGUUGUUGGUUCAUCCUCAGUUUUCUCCUAUCACAGCCAUUACUCUGUAACUGUUUUAUAGUCACCAUUGGCCUCAUGGUGAAAUCCCUAAGUGGUUUCCUUUCUCUCCGGCAAGUGAAUUAAGAAGGAUGCCUGUAUCUUUGUAGUAACUGUGUGUACUGACACACCAUCCAAAGUGUAAUGAAUAACGUCACAUUUUAAAUACAAAAAAACAUCUACCAAUAGGUGCCUUUCUUUGCAGGGCAUUGGAAAACAUCCCUGGUCUUUGUGGUGGAAUCUGUGUUUGAAAUGCACUGCUCUGAGGUACCUUACAGAUUAUUGUAUGUGUGGGGUACAGAGAUGAGGUAGUCAUUCAAAAAUCAUGUUAAACACCAUUAUUGCACACAGAGUGAGUCCAUGCAACUUAUUAUGUGACUUGUUAAGCAAAGUUUUACUCCUGAACUUAUUUAGGGUUGACAUAAUAAAGGGGUUGAAUACUUAUUGACUCAAGACAUUUCAACUUCUCAUUUGUAAUUCAUUUGUAAAAAUGUCUAAAAACAUAAUUCCACUUUGACAUUAUGGGGUAUUGUGUGUAGGCCAGAGACAAAAAAAUAUCUCUAUUUAAUACAGUUUAAGUUCAGGCUGUAACAGCAAAACAUGUGGAAAAAGUAAUGGUUUGUGAAUAGUUUCUGAAGGCACUGAGUUUACAAAACAUUACGAACACCUGCUCUUUUCAUGCCAUAGACUGACCUGGUGAAUCCAGGUGAAAGCUAUGAUCCCUUAUUGAUGCCACUUGUCAAAUCCACUUAAAAUCUAUGUAGAUGAAGGGGAGGAAACAGGUUAAAGAAGGACUUUUAAGCCUUGAGACAAUUGAGACAUGGAUUGUGUACAGUGAGGGAAAAAAGUAUUUGAUCCCCUGCUGAUUUUGUACGUUUGCCCACUGACAAAGAAAUGAUCAGUCUAUAAUUUUAAUGGUAGGUUUAUUUGAACAGUGAGAGACAGAGUAACAACAACAAAAUCCAGAAAAACGCAUGUCAAAAAUGUUAUAAAUUGAUUUGCAUUUUAAUGAGGGAAAUAAGUAUUUGACCCCCUCUCAAUCAGAAAGAUUUCUGGCUCCCAGGUGUCUUUUAUACAGGUAACGAGCUGAGAUUAGGAGUACACUCUUAAAGGGAGUGCUCCUAAUCUCAGCUUGUUACCUGUAUAAAAGACGCCUGUCCACAGAAGCAAUCAAUCAAUCAGAUUCCAAACUCUCCACCAUGGCCAAGACCAAAGAGCUCUCCAAGGAUGUCAGGGACAAUAUUGUAGACCUACACAAGGCUGGAAUGGGCUACAAGACCAUUGCCAAGCAGCUUGGUGAGAAGGUGACAACAGUUGGUGUGAUUAUUUUGCAAAUGGAAGAAACAGAAAAGAACUGUCAAUCUCCCUCGACCUGGGGCUCCAUGCAAGAUCUCACCGCGUGGAGUUGCAAUGAUCAUGAGAAUGGUGAGGAAUCAGCACAGAACUACACGGGAGGAUCUUGUCAAUGAUCUCAAGGCAGCUGGGACCAUAGUCACCAAGAAAACUAUUGGUAACAUACUACGCCGUGAAGGACUGAAAUCCUGCAGCGCCCGCAAGGUCCCCCUGCUCAAGAAAGCACAUAUACAGGCCCGUCUGAAGUUUGUCAAUUAACAUCUGAAUGAUUCAGAGGAGAACUGUUUGAAAGUGUUGUGGUCAGAUGAGACCAAAAUGGAGCUCUUUGGCAUCAACUCAACUCGCCGUGUUUGGAGGAGGAGGAAUGCUGCCUAUGACCCCAAGAACACCAUCCCCACCGUCAAACAUGGAGUUGGAAACAUUAUGCUUUGGGGGUGUUUUUCUGCUAAGGGGACAGGACAACUUCACCGCAUCAAAGGGACGAUGGACGGGCCAUGUACCGUAAAUUUUGGGUGAGAACCUCCUUCCCUCAGCAAGGGCAUUGAAAAUGGGUCGUGGAUAGGUAUUCCAGCAUGACAAUGACCCAAAACACACGGCCAAGGCAACAAAGGAGUGGCUCAAGAAGAAGCACAUUAAGGUCCUGGAGUGGCCUAGCCAGUCUCCAGAACUUAAUCCCAUAGAAAAUCUGUGGAGGGAGCUGAAGGUUCGAGUUGCCAAACGUCAGCCUCCAAACCUUAAUGACUUGCAGAAGAUCUACAAAGAGGAGUGUGACAAAAUCCCUCCUGAGAUGUGUGCAAACCUGGUGGCCAACUACAAGAGGGUGAAUGGGCAAGACAAAAGAUUUACGUGCCUUUGAACGAGGUAUGGUAGUAGGUGCCAGGUGCACCAGUUUGUGUCAAGAAUGGCAAUGCUGCUGGGUUUUUCACACUCAACAGUUUCCCGUGUGUAUCAAGAAUGGUCCACCACCCGAAGGACAUCCAGCCAACUUGACAACUGUGGGAAGCAUUGGAGUCAACGUUGGCCAGCAUCCCUGUGGAUCUCUUUCGACACCUUGUAGAGUCCAUGCCCUAACAAACUGAGGCUGUUCUGAGGGCAAAAGGGUGGGUGGGGGGGGGGGGGGGGGUGCAACUCCAUAUUAGGAAGGUGUUCCUGAUGUUGGUAUGCUCAGUGUACAUUGCCUGGGCCCCAUAAACAUGGUUCCUCCGGCCAUGCACUGACGAAGUCAUAGUAAAACUUUGUAUGCUAUUUGUAUCUCACUCAAGUUGUGUUCUGAUUAUGAGGAGGUCCCUGAUAAUCACAAAAGGGAUCCCUGAUAAAUCACAAAAGGUGUUUCCAGCCCCAAAGAGUUAGAGAACCACUGCCCUAGAUUAACCAAAAGUUAAUAAGUGGCUACAACCCUGCUGCAAAGAACAAAAAUAGGACGGUACUCCAGUGCUGCAGUAUAGAUAUCGGCAGACAAAAAUUUCACUUCCUGGUUUUCAACCAUUUUAGAAUUUGUGUUUAAGGAAAUACAGAAGUACAAUAAUGAAAACCACAUGAUAAUUAUACCAAAUUACAUUGGUUAAGAUGAUAAAAUAUGCCAAACAUAAUUCACAUGUUUAAUUUCAUUUAAAAUUCACUGUAAAAAUUAGCUCAACAGCCCGGUUGAGCUUCAUUUGAAUGGUUUAAUCCUAUCCGAUAGCCGAAAUCUGAAUAGAUAACAUUUCAAAAACUGGGCCCAGAUCAUUUUGUGAAAAUGACCACUAGGCUACUCUGUCAUUUGUUGUCAGUCUAAAUAUCCUGAAUAAUGGAAAGGAAUAUAGCGUUGGGUGUUGUGCAAUAACCUAUCUGACCAAUGCGCACAGUUGUAGACUCUGUCUAGCUACAUGAUUCUUUACAAAUCUCUCAAGACAGCAACCAUGAGAAAGGGUUUAAAGUAUUAAAUCAACUUGUGAAAUAUAUUGAAUGUAGCUAUGUUCCCCUGUUAUAUCUUAUUUUAAUAAAAAUGUAAUGUUCAGAUUAUUAUCAAUGACUCAUCAAAAGAUCUAACAAAUUGUCCACCACAGGACGUCCUGUAUGCAUAACCAUGGUAGCAACUGAAAGGGAACACUUUGGGGAUUAUGGGGAAAUUAUCAGAACAAAAGUGAGGAUACAACAGAUCAACAGACACAAGCCUGAAUGCAAACUUUACACUUUUGACUUUGUGCAUUUCACAUUUACUGUACUUUUCGAUGCAUUUGUUGAUAAUGAAAUCUGGACAUACUCUGGAUACAUUCAGUAACAUGUUAAGAAAAUUAAUGCAUAAUCUGAAGUAGCCGCAACAUAAGAGCAAAGAAAUGUAAGGGUUAGAGUGAGAGGUAUAACUUGUGUCUCCAAGUGUCCACACACCUCUCAUAAGUGUGCACAGUCCCUAAGUCAUUUCAAUAAACUUUUAUGACUCAAGGAAGAGCCUUCAACUAUUAAGUUCUUGUUUGAGCUCUCCUAGCUGUGCCGUUGAGGAACUAAAGCAAGCACACUUGUAGUUUUUUGUUUGAACCAGCUCUCUGCAGGUCAUUCACUAUGUCCCCCCGUGUGGUUCUGGGAUUUUUGCUCACCGUUCUUGUGAUCAUUUCGACCCCACGGGGUGAGAUCUUGCGUGGAGCCCCAGAUCGAGGGAGAUUAUCAGUGGUCUUGUAUGUCUUCCAUUUCCUAAUAAUGGCUCCCACAGUUGAUUUCUUCAAACCAAGCUGCUUACCUAUUGCAGAUUCAGUCUUCCCAGCCUGGUGCAGGUCUACAAUUUUGUUUCUGGUGUCCUUUGACAGCUCUUUGGUCUUGGCCAUAGUGGAGUUGGGAGUGUGACUGUUUGAGGUUGUGGACAGGUGUCUUUUAUACUGAUAACAAGUUCAAACAGGUGCCAUUAAUACAGGUAACGAGUGGAGGACAGAGGAGCCUCUUAAAUAAGAAGUUACAGGUCUGUGAGAGCCAGAAAUCUUGCUUGUUUGUAGGUGACCAAAUACUUAUUUUCCACCAUAAUUUGCAAAUAAAUUCAUUAAAAAUCCUACAAUGUGAUUUUCUGGAGAAAAAAAAUCUCAAUUUGUCUGUCAUAGUUGACGUGUACCUAAGAUGAUAAUUACAGGCCUCUCUCAUCUUUUUAAGUGGGAGAACUUGCACAAUUGGUGGCUGACUAAAUACUUUUUUCCCCCACUGUAUGUGGGCUAAUAGCAGUAAGGCCAUACUUUAUUUUCAAUCAAAUAAUCUUUUGUAGAUAUUUUGGGGAUACUUUAUGGGGUCUUAAAGUUCAAAAUCAAAUAGCUAAAUGAUCCUUGGUAUGACCUUCUUAAACCAAUUCCAUAUAGCUUAGUGGCUUGUUACCACAGCUACUGGCCAGAGAGGGAUAUGCCGACUUCAAUGUCAGGUAAAGAUUAAUUCUGUCCAUCACAUCACACCAUAGACACAAUUUCUUCUUCACUACAGUGAUCCUUAAGUACUUAACCCCAGGUAUAGGUCCUGCUCCGGGACUGGGGACAUGCCUCGUUCUCUCUGUAAUGUUGUAAUAGUGGAACAGUGGCUGCCUGGGUUACUAAACAUGUUUACUUUACAUCUCUUGAGUUAGAAUAACAGACUGGAAGCUUUAAAAGGAGGGUGGUGCUUGAAAUCAUUGUUCUUCCUCUGUUAAGCAUGGUUACCUGCAAGGAAACACGUGCCGUCAUCAUUGCUUUGCACAAAAAGGGCUUCACAGGCAAGGAUAUUGCUGCUAGUAAGAUUGCACCUAAAUCAACCAUUUAUCGGAUCAUCAAGAACUUCAAGGAGAGAGGUUCAAUUGUUGUGAAGAAGGCGUCAGGUUGCCCAAGAAAGUCCAGCAAGCGCCAGGACCGUCUCCUAAAGUUGAUUCAGCUGCGGGAUCGGGGCACCACCAGUGCAGAGAUUGCUCAGGAAUGGCAGCAGGCAGGUGUGAGUGCAUCUGCACGCACAGUGAGGCAAAGACUUUUGGAGGAUGGCCUGGUGUCAAGAAGGGCAGCAAAGAAGCCACUUCUCUCCAGGAAAAACAUCAGGGACAUCCCCUUUCCGAUUGUUUGGGGCAUCCAGAAAACACUUUGUCCAGAGAAGACAAGGUGAGCGCUACCAUCAGUCCUGUGUCAUGCCAACAAUAAAGCAUCCUGAGACCAUUCAUGUGUGGGUUUGCUUCUCAGCCAAGGGAGUGGGCUCACUCACAAUUUUGCCUAAGAACACAGCCAUGAAUAAAGAAUGGUACCAACACAUCCUCCAAGAGCAACUUCUCCCAACCAUCCAAGAACUGUUUGGUGACGACCAAUGCCUUUUCCAGCAUGAUGGAGCACCUUGCCAUAAGGCAAAAGUGAUAACUAAGUGGCUCGGGGAACAAAACAUCGACAUUUUGGGUCCAUGGCCAGGAAACUCCCCAGACCUUAAUCCCAUUGAGAACUUGUGGUCGAUCCUCAAGAGGCGGGUGGACAAACAAAUACCCACACAUUCUGACAAACAUUCAAGCAUUGAUUAUGCAAGAAUGGGCUGCCAUCAGUCAGGAUGUGGCCAAGAAGUUAAUUGACAGCAUGCCAGGGCGGAUUGCAGAGGUCUUGAAAAAGAAGGUUCAACACUGCAAAUAUUGACCUUUGCAUAAACUUAAUGUAAUUGUCAAUAAAAGCCUUUGACACUUAUGGAAUGCUUGUAAUUAUACUUCAGUAUACCAUAGUAACAUCUGACAAAAAUAUCUCAUAACACUGAAGCAGCGAACUUUGUGAAGACCAAUACUUGUGUCAUUCUCAAAACUUUUGACCACGACUGUACAUCUGGAAACACCGAGGCCCAUCGAGUGUGUUUUCCUAUCAUCUGUGUAUCCUCUGCAGGAUUGUAACGUGAUUUGUGAGGUUGUGUUGCACUACAAGUUACUGGAAACAUAAGAAGAUGCCCUCCAAUGCCCACCCAAAUCAUUUGAAAUACAUAGAUUAGGGCCUAAUGAAUUAAUUACAAUUGACUGAUUUCCUAAUAUGAACUGUAACUCAGUAAAAUCGUUGAAAUUGUUGCAUGUUGAGUUGAUAUUUUUGUUCAGUAUAAUUUACUUGGUUUCCUCUUUCUCUUCCUCGCAGGUCCAGGGUCAUCGCACACUGUUGAACAACUGAAUUCUCCACAAGCCAAUAAAAAGGUAUGGAUGGAACAGUGUCCACAAUUCAAAUAAAUUCUCAACUCACUCCCUCACAAACUCUUACAGUAUAACUGUCCCAUGAACAUAAUCUCUCCUCAUAGCCAACAUCAAUAAGUAAAAUCUCUCUCUAACCUUUUGACCCUCUUUCCCUAACCCGUAUUCCUUUGCAGUAGAAACGCAAUAAGAUGAAGACCUUGGAAACCCUUAAGUGCACUGCUGUCUGAGCUCCUCUGCUUGCGAAUGGAGCACUCAAGUUUUCAAGAUAUUUAACUUUCAAAAUACAGAAAUCAUCCCCCUAUGAUGCAUUUUGCAUCAUAUGAUGCUGCGUUUUUCAUAAUAUGAUCAAAUCACAUCAAAUCUCACUGUGGAUGGAUUAGACUUCAGAAUUGCAUUGGGGCAUACUUAUAUUUCACUGUACAGCAUCACCUAUGGAUAAUGGAUCAAUGAAAUGGGGUAUCAGUCUACUCAGUGACAACCACAGAACACAACUGGGAAGAGUUUAAACAAAUAUUAGCAUCGUAGCUCAUAUUGCGGGACUCUGAAAACACAGUGAAAUGAGCCACAUUAACCUUACCAAUCAACCUACUAAUAAUUGUUUAACAUGGAGAGAUUAGAACAUUGAGAGAUUAGAUCUUUUUCAGGGAACUUACACUUUCCCACCUGCCACAGCAGACACUGUCAGUACUCCUUUAUAGAUGCUACUGUGGGUCUCUCUACUCUGGAACGUUCUCUUGAACACAUACAGCCUUCAGAAAGUAUUCACACCCCUUCACUUUUUCCACAUUUUGUUGUGUUACAAAGUGGGAUUCACAUGGAUUUAAUUGUACUUUUUUUGUCAAUGAUCUACACAGAUUACUCUGUAAUGUCAAAGUGGAAGAAAAAUAUUAACAUUUGUAAAAACUUUAUAAAAUAUAAAACACUAAUAUAUCUUCAUUAGAUGAGUAGUCAACCCCCUGAUUCAAUACAUGUUAUAAUCAAUUCAAGGGAUUGAAUACUUAUUGAUUCAAGAUAUUUCAGCUCUCAUUUUGAAUUAAUUUGCAAACAUUUCUGAAAACAUAAUUCCACUUUGACAUUAUGAGGUAUUGUGUUUAGGCCAGUGACACAAAUUCUCAAUUUACAUUUUAAAUUCAGGCUGUACCAAAACCAAAUGUGGAAAAAGUCAAGGGGUGGCGGCAGGUAGCUUAGUGGGUAAGAGCGUUGUGCCAGUAACCGAAAGGUCGCUGGUUCUAAUCCCCGAGCUGACUAGGUGAAAAAUCUGUCAAGGUGCCCUUAAGCAUGGCACUUAACCCUAAUUGCUCCUGUAAGUCGCUCUGGAUAAGAGCGUUUGCUCUUGACAAAAAUGUAAAUGGUUGUGAAUACUUUCUGGAGGAACUUUUACCUUGUCUUGGAGGUCCUCAGAACAUUUCAAGAAUAUUUAGAAAAUGUGGUAUUUCCAUUUCUCAGCAUGCAAAUUAAAGCAGAUUGGAAUACAUCCUUUUUAUAAUUGUUUCCAGAUUAAAAUUAACAUUUGAGGACUGUAUUGUAGGUGAUAUAGAGACACAAGGCAUUUCAAUUUCAUUCAUAGGACAUUUGUACAGCUUUUAUUAAUUAUUCAAAUACAAAAAUAUGUUUUACACUUCAUAUGUUGACAAUCUGAACAUGUUUGAACCUGCAAUGUUUGGUUCCCAACAGUCAAUUUUCACACUAUGUUUUAUCUUUUACAGUUAGUCUAAAUUCUGCAUUUGACCGAAUUUAUACAUCUGCAUGAAAUAAAGACAUCCCCUCUUUUAAUACUACAGUAUAUCUGAGCCUCAAUUUAAUCGUUUUUUUUUUCUUCUAAAGAAACAUUAAAUGUAAAAGUGCUGUUAUUAGAUAAACCACUGUUGACUUAUUUCACCUCAGGGAGGGGUUAAGGUUCUAUGGAUGACUGAUAAUCAAAUACACCUAGGAAGCAGCACCUCAUACACACACACACACACACACACACACACACACACAAACACACACACACACACACAGGGUGGCGGGCUACGGAACACUGCCAACCAAAAACAUCAUACCCUCCCAAUGUUUGGCUAAUACAGGGUUGUGUAUUUAAGGCACCAAACGGAAGAAAAAAGAUUGAAACAGGGAGUGAGUGACUCAAUACAGGUAUGUUUAUUUUACGAUUGGAUAUAAUGUUGAAUUAUUCAUAACCUUGGCUAAUACUAUAAAAAAGAAUGAUAAUAUAUAAGUAAAAAUAAAUGGUUAGGUGGUAAGGAGGCAAAUUGAAGGUUAUUGGAAACAAAUUAAAGAGCUUCAUUCUUGUUUAAGGUAGAACCAACUUGUUUCUGCUUUCAUGGUUUUUGAAUAUUUACAAUGAAGUAUUUAAUUUGCAACAGAUUCAGUGUCCAAAGGGGUUAUUUAGAAAAGGUUUAAGUUGUGUAACUAUUGUCACCUCAGGGAGUGGAUUAGGUUCUAUGGAUGACUGCUAACCAAAUCCCCCCGGGAAACAACACCACACACACACACACACACACACACACACACACACACACACACACACACACACACACACACACACACACACACACACACACACACACACACACACACACAGGGUGGUGGGCUACGGACCACUGCUAACCAAAUACACCUCACCUUACCUUAACCAAGUUUGGCUAAUACAGGGUUGUGUUCAUAAGGCACCAAACGGAAGAAAACAGAUUGAAGUAGGGAGUGAGGGACUACCUGAUUUUAUCCAAUAACAAACACAAAUUUUUGUUUUCAGUUGCAAAAAGUUGCUCCUUUUCUGUUGUGUGCACUAAUGAACAUGACCCAGGUUUGCAUGUUGGCCAGAGUGAUUUAAAAAAAAAAAGUGCAAGAAGAAUCGAUCACACACACUGAGGAGGAGGAGAGGAGCGAUAUCACGUUUCAGGAGAAGAUGCAGGCAGUGUCAAAGUAACAAAAGUUUAUUAAAAAAACAAAAACAAAAAAACAGGGGCUAGGCAAACGACAGGUUAAGGGCAGACAGAGGUCAGUAAUCCAGAGCAGAGUCCAAAAGGUACAGAACGGCAUGCAGAAUGGUCAAAACUAGAAAACAAGAACAAGGGGGAAACCGCUGGUAGGCUUGACGAAACAAAACGAACUGGCAACAGACAAACAGGGAACACAGGUAUAAAUACACUAGGGAUAAUGGGGAUGAAGGCCGACACCUGGAUGGGGGUGGAGACAAUCACAAAGACAGGUGAAACAGGGUGUGACAAGCGCGGGAUUCAGCUGAGGACAAGAUAGCCCUCUCAAUACAGGUAUGUUUAUUUUAUGUUUGGAUAUACUGUUUUAUAACCUUGGCUAAUUAUAUUAAAAAUUAUGAUGAUAAUAUACAGUACCAGUCAAAAGUUUGGAGAAUAAUGUAGAAUAAUGGAGAAUAAUGUAGAAUAAUGGAGAAUAAUGUAGAAUAAUGGAGAAUAAUGGAGAAUAAUGGAGAAUAAUGGAGAAUAAUGGAGAAUAAUGUAGAAUAAUGGAGAAUAAUGGAGAAUAAUGUAGAAUGCAACUAUUGUGGAAAUUCUUACACAAGGACACUCAAAAUCAAUCUUAAAUGAAACACUGUUUAUUAACAGUAAACUAGAGAGGUUCCAACAAACUUGAUGCACCAUACUGAACGUUUGUUCAGGUGCUCUACUGGGGCAGUCCCGUUAGAUCUCUUAUAUACAGACAAGUUAUAUUUGCAUGAUUUAGCUAAUUAAUUCAUUUAAAUAAUGUGCUUUUUAUUUUUAUUUUACUGGGCUGAUGAUGCCUGCAUCUGAUGGUCAGUCUCAGCAGAGGGAGAGAGCAGCAGACUGAGGGUCCACCUCUUAACACCACUCCACUCUCCCUUUCCUCCACUGACACUGACCAAAAAGGGACACCAUCCUUCAGAUGGCGAAAACUCAAGUCACACCACAUUAUUUCUGCCUCUUGCACAAAUUCAUGUUGUUACUCCUACAAACAGAGGAAGGUAAAUAUUCCUCAAUAUUAAAAAAGACCAAAUCUGCUAAUAAUAACAACAAUAACAAGCCUAUCGAUACACUCGAUACACUCGAUACUCAUUCAUUACUGCUGCAGUGCUUGUUGUAGCGCUGAGUGGAAAUAGGAAGAACGCACAUUUUAUAGCUUAUAAAAGUGUUGAAUUCGAAGUGUUGACAGUGCUGAGUAACAACGUAAACAUGAACUCACUCAUAAACACAGCAUCUCUUUGUUUUAAACAUUUUGAAAUCUCACAGUAUCAACUUUGAUGUAGCUUUCUUUUAUGCCUGGUAAGUACUGUAGACACCGAACUAAGCUGCAAAACGGUUUUACGCCUCAUACUUUGUGUCCACUGAUGAAUAAACCUGUGUAUUGUAUCUGUCUCUGUCACUCAAAUAGACAACGUGACGUUGAGAGGAGUGGCCGCUCAGUCUUCCCUUUGGGAUUUAUGGUGUAGUCCAAGCAAAGUCAUCGAGUGGUGGAUCCUGCAGCAGCACUGUGUUUAACAUCAACCCCUGGUGGAGAGUGGACCUGCUGAAUGUGACCAGAGUGACAGCUGUCAGCAUCACUAACAGAAGAGAUGUUGUUCCUGAGAGGCUUGAUGGUGCUGAGAUCCGCAUUGGUAAUUCACUGGAGAACAACGGCAUCAACAACCCCAGGUGAGUAGUGAAAUAGAAUAGAUACCAUUGUACUGUAAUUCAGCAGUUUAUGUGAUUCAAUAAAAAAACUGUUAUUCAUGAAAUAUAUUGAUAUGUUCAGUCUUCCUGUAGUGAAGAGGCAUUUUCACUAUAGCAACGAACUGUACAAUAAUCAUGUCCCUCCCUCCCUCUCUUCCCCAACCCCCCGCCCCCCUUUCUCUCUCUCCAACCUCCCUCUCUCGGUCCCCCACCUCUCUUUCUGUACAAUAAUCAUGUCCUUUGCUCUCUCCCCAAUCCCCUUCUCUCUCUCUCCCCCACCCCCUCUCUCUCUCCCACACCCCCUCUCUCUCUCUCCCACACCCCUUUUGCUCUCUCUCACCCACACCACCCUCUCUCACCCCCCCUCUUUCUCUCUCUCCCCCACCUCCUUCUCUCUUUGUUCCCCCACCCUUCUCUCUCUCUCUCACUAGUACAAAUCUGUGUAAAAAAAUACCGUAAAAGUCAUUAUAAUCUGGCAGUGUGAAAAACAUGUUCAGCAACAACGUGCGUUUUAAAAAAAUAACACUAUUAAUGCAUUGCUCAGCUUAAUAAACUCCAGUAAAACAAUCACCUUUUUGUGCAGAGCAUUGUUAAAGUAAUAUGUCAAAUUAAAUCAUACUGUCAAGUCAUGAUGAAUUUUGUAGUAUUUCCAGUAUUUUGCACAGAUUUGAAAUAUUUUGCACCAUGAAAAAAAUCACCAAAUGUGUUUCAGCCCCCAAGUCAAAGAGAACGGUGGUGAGGAUGAAGAUCCAAUCAGAUGCUGAUCUGACAGACCAGGCAGUCGGUGACCAGCUCCUACAGCAGGUGAGAGAGAGGGAGAAAAUAUAAUCUAACCGCUUUUGCUUUAAUCUAGCUGCAUGUAGAGCUCCUGAAGCAGGGUGUGUCUGACGUUCAACUGUGCUGGAGGACCCAACCAGAUGGACAGACUUUCCACCAUGAGGAAGAAGAGGAGGGUGGAACCACUCAGACAGGUAACAACAAGCAGCAUAUUACAGACUGUUUUCCUUAUUGCAACAGACAGGCAAUGAAGACAUUGUGCUUUUAUCAGAGUUGGGGUCUAUUCCAUUUCCUGAAUUGACUGAAUUAAAAUUAAAUCAACCCUAACUCUGGGUCCUAUUAUCUUAUUGCCAAGUUGUUAUUGUAAGAACAGAACGUGUUAGCUAGUAAUAACUCAAUUAGUACAUGAAAGAGUUUAUUGUAUGUCAUUUCUCUUACAGGUGUCUGUGGAACUGAAGGGUGCUAG